CUGGCGGUGGGCCGAGAGCUCGGCGCAUCGCCUCCCCUUCAGCGCGCUGCUCGCCAGCAGUCCACUCGCUUCAGCCGGGCGCGCAGCGACAGAAAACUUUCCGUCAACUUUUCGCUUAUUUUCCCCCCCCUCCCUGUUACCUCUAUUGUUAGUCAAGCCAGCCGGCUCCGCCGUGGGGGGGGGCGCACAUUCGGGAACAUUAGUCGUCAGCGUUACUACAAAGCGAGUUAUUUACCCCGUUUUGUUUUCAGGGUUUUUUUCCACCCCCUCCCACCUUUUUUUAAAAGAAAAAAACCCCAAAAGUUUCAGCUUUUUAUUGGCGUUUUCUGUUCCGCUCAAGUUUGAUUUUUGAACAGCAACCCCGGAAAACCCGAGAAGGGGAGAAGACACGGCGGCGGCGGCGGCGGAGCGGGGGGGGACAGAGGACGGAAAGUUUUCCUCGGAGGGAACAGCACAGGGGAGAUCUCUCCGUGUACAGUACACGAGCCCUUGGGGAAAACUUAGUUGCCGUCCGCACGCCUGGCGGGGGCCGAAAGGAGGGACCGAAGCAGAGAGCGCAACUUAAAAGCUUCGCUGUAGCGCAGAGGAGAGACCCGACACGCCGCGCACCGCCCCGCAGGCGAAGCGGCAGGCGCACGGCGAGGCAGUAGAAAGUUUCGCUACAGCAGGUAGCUCCCACCCCGAGUCGCUCUCGUCUCUAUCUCCCUCCCCCCGUGGUUGGUGACGCUCCGGCCGGUAUGGGGCUACCGCCGCUCUUCUGCACGCUCGCCGUGAUGGUGCUCUCCGCGCUGGCGGAGCUGAAGUCGAAGAGCUGCACCGAGGUGAGGCUGGCGUACAGCUCCAAGGGCUUCAACCUCAACGACGUCCCGCACCAGGGGGUCAACGGUGCCCACCUGAAGGUGUGUCCGCAGGGCUUCACCUGCUGCACGGCCGAGAUGGAGGAGAAGCUGAGCCAGCAGAGCCGCUCGGACCUGAAGGCGCCCGUCAGCCAGCUGAGCUCCACGCUGCAGAGCACCUUCAAGCAGCGGCACAGCCACUUCGACCAGUUCUUCCGGGAGCUGCUGGACAAGGCCGGGCUGUCCCUGCACAACAUGUUCGUGCGCACCUACGGGCUGAUGUACGUGGAGAACGCCGAGCUGUUCAAGCACUUCUUCCAGGAGCUGCGGCGGUACUACGUGGCGGGGGGCGUGAGCCUGGAGCAGAUGCUGGCGGAGUUCUGGGCGGAGCUGCUGGAGCGCAUGUUCCGGCUGCUGAACGUGCAGCACUCCUUCUCCGACGCCUACAUGGAGUGCGUGAGCAAGCACACAGAGCAGCUGCGGCCCUUCGGGGACGAGCCGCGCAAGCUCAAGCUGCAGAUCACCCGGGCCUUCGUGGCCGCGCGCACCUUCGUGCAGGGCCUCGCCCUCAUCCCCGAGGUGGUCGGCAAGGUGUCCACGGUGAGUAGACCCCCCUCGCCCCGGCGUCCGCACGCCGCCAUGAAGAUGAUGUACUGCCCCUACUGCAGCGGGCAGGUGACGCUGAAGCCCUGCCGCAACUACUGCCUCAACGUGAUGAAGGGCUGCCUGGCCAACCAGGCUGACCUGGACACCGAGUGGAACAACUUCCUGGACGCUAUGCUGAGCCUGGCCGACCGCCUGGAAGGGCCCUUCAACUUCGAGUCGGUCAUGGACCCCAUCGACGUGAAGAUCUCGGAAGCCAUCAUGAACAUGCAGGAGAACAGCGUGCAGGUCUCCCAGAAGGUGUUUCAGGGUUGUGGCCAGCCCAGGCCCGCCCAGGUGUCCAAACGCUCGGUACGAGAGGGGGGCUUCGCCGCCCGAUUCCGCCCCUACAGCCCAGACGCCCGGCCUACAACCGCAGCCGGCACCAGCCUGGACAGACUGGUGACGGACAUCAAGAAGAAGCUGAAACACGCCAAGAAGUUCUGGUCCACGCUGCCGGAGAGCGUGUGCACAGGGGAGCGGAUCGGCACCGGGGACGAGUGUUGGAACGGCACGGCCAAGAGCAGGUACGAGUCGGUGGUGAUGGGAAAUGGACUAGCCAACCAGGUGACCAACCCCGACGUGGAGGUGGACAUCACCAAGCCUGACGCGGUGAUUCGCCGGCAGAUCCUGACCCUGCGCAUCAUGACCAACAAGCUGAAGAGCGCCCACAGCGGCAACGACGUGUCCUUCUUCGACAUGAGUGAGUAACGGGCCGACCCACUCCUCCCUGAGAGAAGGCCAUAGCCUGCGAUCUCGGGUUUGAGCCUGGGUCAUGUCGCCGUGAUUGGGAUUUCAGCCUCUCCGCGGGGGAGGAGAGCAGAGUGAUGAAGCCAGUUCAGAGAUGGGGAUUAUUAGGAGGCCAUGUCUGGUAAAGGCCCAGGGGGAGAUGUGGCCAGGACACCUGCCCUACUCUUUUUGAGCAACUCCCUGGGGUUUGUGAUGACCGUGCAGAGUCGG